AUUCAUUUUAUUUUGAAAUUUACUUGCGAGAAGUUGUCGUCGUAGUCGUUGUCGCCGUCGUAAAGUUAAACGCCACAAAAAACCCCCCAUCAUAGCCAAAAGAAGAAGCAUUGAUAAAUUUGAAUUCAAUUGCGAUUAAGCGAAUAAAAAUAAGCAAUAGCAAUAAAUAAAUAUUGCGAAUCGGAAAAAUUAAAGUGUUUUUGCAACAGUUCUCUCUCCCUUUUCGAUGAAGUUGUUGCCCGCCUGUGUUUGUGUGUGCGCGAGUGAAUAAAGAAGAACAUUUUUACAGCAGCAGCAGUAACAACAACAAAACGAUCACAAACGAACCAAACCAGUCCAGUGUGGUGGAGCAAAUUAACAACAACAACAACCACAACGAAAAGAAACAACAUCAACAAUUCGGCAACAAGAUCUCUAAGCCAGCAACCACAACAACAAAAACCAGUACAAUAAUAACAAAUAAAAGCAACAGUUCCAGUCUGUGUUAUAAAAAUAAUACAACUAACAACAACAACGACAGUAAUAAUAAAAUUAGUGUCUCUGAGAAGGGGGAUCAUACAUACCAACAACAACAGCAUAUAUCUGAAGUGAAUUUGCAAAAUAAUUGUAUGUUUGUGUGUAAUUUGAUUUUACUCUCAUUACAUUCUUAUUGCCAUCAAUUACUCUGCGAGAGAGUGAGAGAUAAAGUACUUGAGAGUUGCCCAAUAAGAUUCUCAUUGAAUUAACCAGCUGCUGCUGCUCGACCAUUAUUAUUUGCAUUAUUUGUUGCCCCCCAACUUAUUUCUUCUAUUCUUCUGAAAUUUAAAUUCAUCACCAUAUCAUCGUUUUCUUUCAAUUCUUAAAGGCUAAAACAUAACGAGAAAUAAAUACAAACAACAACAACCACAACAAACUCCAUCUGUAGAAUCGUUUGUUUGACACUAAACGACGAAGGAAUUGUGCAAAAAUGAAUAAAACCUGUGCUCGCUGUCAGAAGGUGGUCUAUCCCAUCGAGGAGUUGAAGUGUUUGGAUAAGACUUGGCACAAAACAUGUUUCAAAUGCACUGAAUGUGCCAUGGCAUUGAAUAUGAAAACGUACAAAGGUUUCAAUAAAAUGCCCUACUGUGAAGCUCACAUUCCAAAGGCCAAAGCCACAGCGAUUGCAGAUACGCCCGAACUAAAGAGAAUAGCGGAAAAUACGAAAAUCCAAUCGAAUGUUAAAUAUCAUGAAGAUUUUGAAAAGGCCAAAGGCAAAUUUACACAGGUCGCCGAUGAUCCCGAGACAUUGCGUAUCAAACAGAAUACCAAACACAUAUCAAAUGUGGCCUAUCACGGUGAUUUGGAAAAGAAAGCUGCCAUGGAGAAGCAACGCGGUGCCGCCGAGGUAUCAGAUACAACAAAAGACGAAUCGGAAUAUUUCUCAGAACAAUUGGCUGCCGAACAAUUUGCACAGUAUGCCCCACAAGUCCAUGCAUCCCAUUCACCAUUGCCGCCACAGCAAUUGUCACCACGCAUGGGUGUUGCACCACAGCAACAGGCACAGCAGCAACAGCAGACGCCGUCACAUGCACUGGCACCACAGCACCAUCAAUACCUUUAUACAAAUACACCAGCAACACAGCAACAGACAAUGCCACCACCCAAUAUACAACAGCAACAACAACAACAGCACAACACGGCCCACAUUGUGCCUAGCAAUCAGACGCUGGGCAUGAACUCUCACAGCUAUCAGACAAACAGUAGUCGGCCAGGGCCAGCACAACACCAACAACACCCCUAUGCAUCGACACACCAACAACAACAGCAGCAACAAUUUAUACAACACGAACAGCAACAACAACAACAGCAAUAUCAGCACUAUCAACAGCCUCAAAUGAUGCGUCAGCCUCAAAACCUGCAGCAGCAGCAGCAAUCGCAAACCCACGGACUUAAACAAUCUUCUCAUUUGUAUCCAUCUUCUUCUUCUUCUACCCCCACAACAGCUGGCCUCUCCAAUCUACAGGGAACAUCACAGUAUCAGCAACCCAACAAUAGCUACAAUCAAUUGCGUUCGGCCAUUUUACAGAGCUCCCAUCACCCAACAGGAGCUCUGAUUCCCAACGAUUCCUCGAUGCCGGCAUUGAGCACGGCCACACCCUACAACAAUACCUAUGACCAGUAUGAUAAUAAUAGCGCCACCAGCACCACCACCGGUAAUAAUUACCCCAACAACAGUCAAAGGGCAACAUCACAGCAACAUCAACAACUCUAUCAACAGCAGCAGCAACAACAUCAGGCACAUCACAACAACAAUCAUUUGAAUAGUAGUGGUAGCAAUAACAACAACGGUGGUCUGGUGGUACCACCACCAUUGGCCUAUCAAGCACCAAAAAGCUCUUCGGCAGCCACAACACCCAGCUAUGGUGGUGGUGGUGGCAGCAACGCCAGUACAGCUCAACAGCAACUAUUCCCGAAUAAUGCCUACACGAACAGCUAUCAGUCAUCACAGGCCACCACACAAGGUGGUGGUAUCAUAGGUGGCACCCUGAACGGUGGUGGUCAGCCACAAACCAAUCAUCAUCAACAUCUCCAUCAUCAUCACAAUAGCAAUGGUGGCUCCGCCAUCAAUGGUAGUAUUGGUAAAAUUGCCGACUAUGAUCCCCUGUCCGAUGGACCACGUCCAUUACCCAAUACGGCUAGAUCAAGCACCACACUCAUCUAUAGUUCUGAUAAUCGUGCAAAUGUUAAUAACUUCUAUGCCAAGCGUAUAGGCUCCAUAGCUGAUAUUGAUCCUGUUAAUGGUAUUUAUGGUUCUUUAACAGCCCAAGAACAACAACAGCAGCAGCAACACCACAUGUCCAAUCACAAUAUGCAACAGCCACAAUAUUAUCAACAAAUGCCGGCGGUAAUGCAGCAGCAGCAACAACAAAAUCAUCAAUCACAACAUCACAAUCUGCAGCAACAGCAGCUGCAACAACAACAAAAACAGACCAAACAAAAUUUGCGUAUCUAUCGUGCCCUCUAUGACUACGAGGCCCAAGAUGUCGAUGAGGUUAGCUUCCGUGAAGGUGAUAUAAUUUUCGAGGUUGAGUCCAUUGAUUCUGGCUGGAUGACCGGACGCGUGGAACGAACUGGCAAAACUGGCAUGCUACCCGCCAACUAUGUUGAGCAAGCGGUUAUAUAAUAGGAAAUGCAUGCCAGCGAUAACAACCAUCACCAUGGGCAGCAGCAGCAACAGCAACAACAUUCUGAAACCAAUGGCAAGAUACCACUAGCCAAUGGUAAUGGUCAUCUCAGCAAUGGCAGCAUUCACCAAAACAACAAAACGAACACCAACAACAAUGCCAAUAACAACUCCAACACCACCACCACCACCACUACCCACAACAACCACACUAGUGGCAACCAUAACGAUGUCAUUGUCAACAAUAUCCUGAACAACAGCAACAAUAUCCCUGCCACCUCGUAUGCAUCGUUGCAUUCACCCUCACCCACACCAACAAAAGGUUGUUGUUGUAAAAAUCACAUAUUAGUUGUAACCAUAAUGUGCAUUUACAUGGCACUUGUAUUUAUAAUAUUCUCCAAUGUUUUUAUGGAUGAUGAUCAGGAUCGGACCAGUAGUAAUCACAAUAAUCACAACAGCAACAACAAUUUAAAACAUAAAUCCCAAAUGAAUAGCGUUGAUGCGCAAAAUCAAAAUGAUCGCCAACAAAAUUUCUACUAUUAUUUACUAAAUCAUGUAUUCUAAGAAGAAGAAGAAGAAAAGAUGAGGACGGAGAUUUUUUUAUUUUUAUGAAUACUUUUUUGUUAAGUUAUGCAGUACCUAUAUCUACAUCUACAAGGUUUCUAAUUAUUAAUCAAAACGGAAAACAAACGCAUUUGAGUUAUUAUUUUUUAUUAUUUUUGAAGCAUUUUUCUUAAUUUAAAUAUAAUUUCAAUAAUAUUUUCAAAAUGUUAUGAAUAAAAUAAACGAUUAAUUUAUUUCUUGCUAGUAAAGAAAUGUAAAAAAUUAACGAUAACAAUAAAGAAGAAAAAUAAAAGAAACAAAUAAAUUAUUAACACAUAUACAUACCUACUUGAUAAACAAAAACUUCAACAACUUUGUGGCCUUUUUUCCAUUGGAAACAUAAUAUUUAUUUUUUUGUUUUUUGAAAACUAACCCCCUCAGCAAAUGCCUAACUAAUUUUUAGAGCUCCCCUACUAACAGCCAAGUAAUUAAUAUUUUUUUCUUUCUUUGUUUGUAAAUUGUUUGAUGAGCAGCUUUUAGUUGAUAGCGAAGGUAUGUGCGGCAGAGUGACAGAAAAGAUGAGGAAUUGAUAUUUUAUGGAAAUUAUCACCUCUACAAAUUUGCUUUUCUGAUACUCUGUGCGUAUGACAGAGUUUUUCCUUCCCAGUUUUAUCAAAUGAAACCCGGAAGAAAGAAAAACCAAAAAAAAAAAAUUAAAACACAAACAAAAGAAAUGUUGUUAUUUUGAAAUAUAUUUGAAAACCUAAAAAAAUAUUAUGUAUAAAAACAAAGUUUAUACAAUAACAAAAAUAAACAAAACUACAAAUAAACUAAAUAAAUCCCCAUAAAAUAUAUUUGAAAAAGAAAAACUAAACAUUAAUAACGAUAAUUAUUAUAAUAAAACUAAAUAAUAAAAAACAACCCUAUUUCUAUUUAUCAUAAACAUAAAAUGUCUGAAACGAAUUUCUCUUCUCUUUUUUUUAUAAAUAAAUAUAGAUCAAUAUUAAAAAGUAAAUUUAUAUAUUGUAUACAAACCGCAAAUAAUAAAACAUAUACAUACAUACAUAAAUGUGAAAUAUACAACAAAUAUAACAACAAACAAA